ACAUAACCCUUCAACUAUUCAAGUUCAAACAAACUUCAACUUACAAAAUUUGUUUACAUUUUAAAGAAAACGUCUUCAGUCUUCAUCUUCGUUGCUUCAUCUUCAAUAACAAAAUACAAUACGAUUUAAAUAUAAUUCUAAGUAUGUGUAUAUUAUGGGAGACAAAUUUAUUAACUCAAAUCAUAUAGAAAAACUAGGACACAAAAUUCAAGAAAUCAGAGAAAGAGCCCUUAAGAAUAUUAUUUCAAAACUAGACAAUGGAGUUGUAUUCGACAAUGACUUGGCCAGAUGUAAGGAAUUGCUUAAUAAGUUGCUUAAAUGGUUCUUACUUGAACCUAGUAGUCAAGAAGAAACGGUUUUAGUGUUACUUAAACGCAUUUUAGAGUCAGAACAUGGAAAAGUUUUAAUAGAUCAUAUAGGAAAAGAAGCUAUCCUCAACGAGUUACAACAAAUUAACACAUAUCUGGAACCAAAAUUUACACCAUUAUUAAAAGAAAUUAUCAGUCUAGUUAAUAGUUUUGACGACCAUGUUGUACCCCCUUUGGAAUGUGAUAUACCUUUAAGCUAUAGAAGUACUACAAGUGCAGAAAAUGAUGGACUUACUGCAAAUUUGGGUACUACAGCUACUGCUCAAGAGGGAUUUUUACAUAAGGAAUCUUCUGCUGAACAACAAACAGCGGCCGGAAAAAUAACAGAAUCUAGUCUUACAACUCCAUAUGAUGAUCGUACUUACAGAAUAAAAGACAAUUUAGAUUGUGAAGCAGUAGUCCUCCCAAACAUAUAUUUCGAAUGGCAGCCACUCAUAGAAUCUGACAGACACGUUUUAAAUUCCGUGGAAAGUUCUUUGUUAAAUCCCCCACAACCUUCCUCGCUUCUUCAUUCGUGUGAAUUUUUUCGAGAUGUAUUAUUACACGAUUUUCCAGCAGAAAUAUUUCUUCAGAGACCAAGAAUAAUUUUGGAAUUUUUUUCUUUGCUGAAUUGUGGAUCAUCUAGAAUUACAAAUUCCGUACUUUCAUGCUUAUGUGAUUUGACAACAGAAUUGCAAGUACGAAUCAAUCAUUAUAAUGACGUAUCAUUACAAAAUUUUAAAUUGAAGAACACUAUUCAACUCGAUUAUGUAAGUACUAAUCGCAGUCAAUCUGCAACAAACCGAGGUUUAGAUGGUAAUGAACCUGAAAUUCGUACAAAAUUUGAAAGACCGGAGGAGAUUGCCGAGCUUCAAAAACACCAAGUAUCAACUGUAAAAUAUUGUCUUUUUUGUAUAGAUUCGGUGUUCAAAUAUUUGUGUGUUAAGCCUGAAAUUACAAAAAGUACAAGACAUAGAAUUAAUCAAGUGGCAAUCAAAUUUUGCUUAAUUCUACUCGAGAAGAUAUUGGAAUUACUGGCUAUGUGCAUAGAAAAAAAUAUUUGGAAUAAUAGUCCAAAUGAAACCUCUGUUAGGAUUUUGAGGGAUCUCAACGAAAUAUUUGUGAAAUAUGGAACUUCGUUAGAACAUUUCAGGAUUGAAUCAGUAUCAUCCGAGAAGAACCUUCAGUAUAGAGUUAUUUAUCUAUAUUUGCUGCACAAUACUACAAACUUAUUACAAGCUUUGGUUCCAUAUUCCAAUUGUGCUUCGGUCUUACCAAGAAACCUAAGAAGUGCUCUUUCAAAUUCUUUGUUGGAUGUCACAUUUAGCCGCCUCUAUACUGAUGUUCAUAACAAAAUUUUUACUUAUGUUCAGAAUUUUUCUGUGGCAAAUGAAAAGGAACAUUUAAGAAAAUACGAAGAUGUCAAAAAAGUAUGCCAAGGAAUGACAGCAACCGUUAAAUUCCUUAAAGAGUACAAAAACCUUAGUUAUGCCGAAAACAUCAGGCUCGCCUCAGAUGCUCUAGCCAGCAUAGAAUUUCACAAGGAUUUGGAUUUUGUUAAAGUUUUUGUAGAUAUUUGUUCCGAAGGAUUUUCUCAGAUGGCUGAUGACCCUCUUACAAUAAGUCUAGUACAAGAUAUUAUCUUAUCAUUACUGAACCACGCUAUGAUAGAUAUUAGACUAGAAACAUAUAGGUUAUGUCAUAAAACAGUUGUUACUUAUAUUGGCCCUAAAUUGAAUGAUACCACAGGAAUUAUUGGAUCGCAAGUUUUAUUCUUAUUAAAUUCGAAAAUUUUGGUGGAGAUAACUUGCUUUGGGCUAAACAGUGACAAUUUAGAGAUCCGGAAAUACUCUGAGGAAAUUCUGACCUACAUAUUAAAAUGCAAAUUGAUAGUAUCCGAAUCAAUUUGGAAUAAAGUUAUUCAAGCUCUCAUACCAUCCCUACCAAUAAUAACAAGUCAAAUAACGAACAAAUCGACUCUUGGCAAAUCUUUAAUUUAUUUGGUAGAUCCUGACGUGGCAAAAGAAUCCUUAUUGCCGAUAAUAUCUAUGAUCAAAUGUAAUGUAGAAAUUUUAUUUUUGGACGAUUCUCUAUGGAGAGAGGAAGCAUUUUCGAGGAUAUGUUGGUUGUUGUCAAGUCAAGACAACGUCAGAGAACUAUUGCCUGGAUUCAAUACGCUUUACGACACAUCUUUAACUGGUAUUUGCAAGAUUAAGAACAUGGUGGAUGUCAAUAAAAUAAGAAGAACGGAACAUUUUUAUCAACCUAGUAGUUUAUACCAAGUACUAGAAGUUCUCAAUUCGACAAAUAUAGAACCAGUGAUAAAAAGAUCUGCAUUGAAUCAAAUAAGUGUUAUGUUGGAAGAUCCGUUGCUCCAUCAGAUAUUUUUAGAUUCCAGUGGUCUUUCUUUGUUGCUUAAUGUGAUGAAAAGUGCUCUUACGGAAAAGGAUUAUUCAGAUUAUCCAGAUUCAAUCAUUCCAGCGAUGUCUGUUUUGAAAAAUAUAUGUUUUUAUAAUGCAAGUGUAAGAGAAGAAUUAAGUAAUAAUGUGGAGAUAUUUUAUUAUACUUUGAGAGGUCUUCUUUUGUUUUUUACUGAGGAGCGCUUUAAACAAGAUGCUAUUAUAGUUAUCUUCUUAUUAGUUUUUAAAGAUUUUAUUAGGGGAAGCCCAUCAAGAGCUAAUUUUAGUCUUCCUGAAAUUUUAAUUAGCAAAAUUAACCUUCCAUUUACUUGUCAUUCUCAUUGGACAAUUAGUGAAUAUACAAAUAACAGUUUACGAGAUUCUAUUACCUCCGAUAGAUGGUGCCUAAGUUCUAUACAAAUUCAAUGGAAUGCCGAAGUUUUUGGAGGUUUUGAUAAACUUAUUCACUGGGAUGAAAUUAAUUAUGAGAACCAUUCAAUGUAUAACUUUGUAGAUAUACUGAAGCUCAAUGAUUAUGAUCUACAAUGUAUAAAGAAUUCAUCUAUUGAUCACUGCGUAAAACAUUAUUUGAAAUCAAUACAGAACGCCACCUCUCAUGAUGUUGUUUUGGAAUCAAUUGAUAACUUAACAUUAUAUGUAUGCCUUCAUCAACUCGCAUGCGAAUUUAACGAAAAUUACAACAAAGAAACAUUUAAAAAACAUCAAUGGGAAAACACGUUUUUGAGAUUUUUAAAAGUUCUUCCAUCCAGCGAACAUGACACCAUUUUAUUAAAGAAAAUUCUCCAAUUCUUAUGCAUUCUUAUACCUUACUAUUCAUCAUCAGAUUCUACUUCGUGGAUAACGAAUUUCUUAAAGAAACCUGAUCAAUGCAUAUUUGACAUAUUCAAUAUUGAUAAUACGUCUGACGAUGAUCUCAAAAUUGUGGCUCAAGAACUGUUAAAAGUUAUAACAUUAUGUGUCAAACAAGAACAACACUAUUUAGAUUACUGUAUUCCAAUGAAAGAUAGUCAAAGUAGUUGGUUACACGUUAUUAAAAUUAUUGCAGAAAACUUAAAGAAUAGUGGAAAACAACACUUUUAUAAUCUAGCUUAUUUGGAUUCAUUACUUUCGUGUUUGGUACAUUUGACUGCCAAUUUGGGAUGGAGCGAAAAUAACCCCAACUUAUAUCCCACAGGACCCUUGCCACAGAUGAUUGUGGCGCUUUGUGAUUUAGUUAAAGCAUUUCACUCUGGUAAAGGCCCCACUGCAGCUGUUUCAGUUAUGGGACUAAGUAUUACGAGGCACGUUCUAUUAGUUUUGAAUCAUUUGUUAGCUGAAGUAAAAAGUUCAAAGAUUAAGGGAUGGGAAACAUAUUUUUUUGACAAUAUCGAAGAUAUUCCUUUGUACAGUUUUAUUGCUCUUUGGGCAAGUAGAGAUGUCAUAUUAAGAGCAGCUUCAGUACAACUAUUUGCUGGUUUUACAUCGUCACCCAGAGCUGUAAUUGAAAUAGUUCAUGGAUUCGGUAACGACACAAGUUCUAUUUGGGAUUUAUCGUUAAGAGUACUUAAUGACUAUACCGAAGCCAAUACAGUUAGAGAAAAUGCUGCUGAAAUACUUGCAAAUCUUACGUCACAUUGUACUCCACUGGGCUCCGACAAAUCAUGUGAUAACACAAAUUUUGCUCUAAAAAAGAGUUCUAGCCUCACAUUAAUGAAUCUCAUAGAUGAACAUAAUUUUUAUAACAAUUUUGAAAUUAUCCUCAAUGAUCUCUUUACGACGAACAUUCCAUAUAGAAAAUUUAGGAAUCUCGAAAAAAUUAAAUUGCUCAAGAAUGGUGCAGAAUCCGAAAAAUCUUGGACGAGUUCAAGUGAUAGUGAUAUCAACAGUUUAGUUACGACUACCCCUAGUUUAGUAAAGACAGUGUGUAAUUUUUUACAUAACCUUUUGGCUAUUGAUGCUGUUGCAGUUAGUCAAACAGUGCAAGAAAAGGGCAUUGCAAAGUUGAUUUUCAGAGCUUUAUGUAACCCAAACAUGAGUAUAACGAAUACCAGGGAGCUGUCUUUGUAUGUGGAUAUAUUGGAUAUGAAUGCCACAAUUUGUUCUGUGUUAACACGAUUAUCAAGUAACAAUAUCUCUUGUCUGGGAACAAUAUUGCACACGAAAGAUUGUUUGAAUUUAUUAAUAUCUCUGCUAAAUCCACGAUUAUACCAUAUGGAUUUUCCUCAAUUAGUAUAUUUGAGAAAUAGACUUUGGACAUCUGUAUUUAAUUUAUUGAGCACACUAGUGGAAUAUGGUGGAGAAUCAGAGGGAAACUUGACCAAUAGAUCCGUAGAGGUCGUUAAUACAUUUUCUGGAACAAUAACUGAAUUGGGAAACGAACCAUUCUUUGAAGCUAUAUGCGAGUCUAUCAGCAAUUUAGGAUCUCACGAUCUUCAAAAUUCUGCGUUAAAUAUGUUGACUGGGGUCUUACGUGUAGAAGCCUAUAGAAAUUUUGAAUAUUCGCUAUUAGUUACAGAGAAAAAAGUUGAACCGUCGAUUCAAUCAUUGUUAGAUUCUGUUAGAACGUCAAGAACUGUCUUAAUAUCCAACAACGGUAGUGCCCGAUUGCCUAAAAACUCUAAAAAAUUAACACAAGAUCACAAAUUAAACCUUCUAGAAGAGGUGUACUAUGAAAAAGUUAUUGCAAAACCACAAAUUGAUUUAAAUGAUCAAAUUGAAGUUAGCAUAAUUGAAAACGAUGGCCAAAGUUUGAUGUCCGGUGCUGAAAUAUGCAAAAUUUUAUUGUAUCUAUACGAUAUUUGUAACUUGGAAAACACCGAAGUGUUUAUCAAAAAGAAAUCAAUAGUUACAAAGGCCUUGUCUACUUUAUUAUGCGUGUCAAAAGAAGCAAAGCAAUUUGCUUUGGAAUGCAGUAUGGUAGGUGUAAUAGUAAAAAAACUACGAGAUCAUCACAUACGAUUAGGAUUGGAAUCAGUUGAAUGUUUAAGAAGAAUUGCCGACAAGAAAAGAUUAUGUCCUUUAUUAAAAGAAUUGGACGAUUUGAUAUGUUUGCUGACAAAUUUUAUGGUAGAUUGCGAACCAGUUAAACUUGAUGCAGCAUCCCUAAAUUUAGCAGAUGUUGUGCACAAAUUGUGGGUAUGGUUUUUAGUAGAAAAUUCUAUGCUUAUUGAUGUACUAAAGAUGAUUUGUACCUACACAACAAACUGUGAAUUAGCUUGUCAGACACUACCUUUAACAAGUCCUGUAGCUGGCAGUGGACCUAGGAAAUCUCCUGGAACCAUAUCAUUGUUGCAUGCCAUCAUCGCUUUGAUUACUCGCGAAAUGGAUCAAAUAAGCAAAACCCAUGAUCGAAGCGCUCUUGAAAUAUCAUUUAAUAUCCUUCACAACUCUUGUCAAUCCUUAGAAUGUAGGGUUUUGAUAUCAAAGAGCAAUAUAUUCCAAAGUAUAUCUCGACUUCAUCCAGCUAUUACUAAACGUCAGAAACCAUGGGAAUUUGUUGAAUUAAUUUGGUUAGAGUUUUUACAAACGUACACUAUCCAUCCAGAAGGUCAAGCUGCCGUGGCAAAAAUACCAGAUGUCUUAGAACUCAUUAUGACGUUGACAAACAGUUCCAAGAUGAAAAAUAGGUUGAUGGCCAGUAUGGUUUUAAGAAAUGUCGCCUUUUAUCAACCGAAUAAAUCAAGAUUAUUAAGUUCAGCUGAUUUUCUUAACAUUGUCCAAUCGAAACUUACUACAGGAUCAGAUGAAGAAAAGAAUAUCAUAGUCGUCAUAAUUUGGGCUUUAGCUGCCAAUAGCCAAAAAGCGAAAAUCGUAUUGAAAUCCAUACAUUUAGAUGAUAAACUUCAGAAUGUGUUAAAACAUUGUCAGUUACUUAAAAGCAAAGAAUCUUGUCUAAGUACUGAAGAUGUAGAUCGCAUGCAGUAUGUUUUACAAAUGUUAAGAGAUACUAACGAUAAGAUAAAGUGAUAUUAUUGUAUUAGGCUUUAAUUGAAGUUUUUAUAUUUAUUAUAUUUUUAGAUUGCAUUUUAAUAAAUUAUAUUUUAAUUAUA